AAUUAUUUAGUUAACAUCGUAUUUCUAUUUAUUUAUCGAUCUUUAUUUUGUACUUUUCAAGUGAAUCAAUUUUUGCGCGCUGUUAAUAGCAGUAAAUGUUAAAAUUUUAAGGUGCCCACAACUUCUAUGCAAAGCCAUUAGUGUUGGUUAAAAUAUUGUUUGCUCAUUUUGGUAGCAUGUUCACUUGAGAUACAACUCCCAAGAAAAACAACAAAAUUGGCAAAAACCGCGUGCAAUUCAGUUUGAUAAAUAUACACAAAACCUAAGCCCAGCUACGUAGCAGAUUUUAAACAAUAUGCAAGCAGCUCAAGCUCAUCGCUUGACUGCUUAACUGCGGCUGAAAAAAGUGCGCGUGUUUGUGUGGCCCUGUGAAACAGUGAAGAAAAACGUCGCCGCUGCCGCAGCGAGGGUAACUGGGCGCAUAUACAGAAAACUAGAACCAAAAUAAAUUGGCGCCAUUGUAAUGCACCAUGAGCCAAACAACUACAACAACAACAACAAAAAGCGAAAUGUCCAAAACAAAUGAACCCUUCGAUGAAGAGCUAUUUGAGACGCGCCUCGAAGCGCUCAAGGACACACAGGAGUGCAUACAGCAAAUGUCCAACUGGUGCCUGCAGCAUCGCCUUAAUCACAAGAAGAUCAUCCAAUGCUGGCUUAACGUAUUCAAGCGAGUUCGUGUCGAUCAUCGAUUGGUUUUGUUCUAUCUGGCCAACGAUGUCAUCCAGUACAGCAAACGCAAGCGCUACGAAUUUGUCGAAUGCUGGGCGACAGCGCUCCAAAGAGCCACCACGAUGGUGCGCGAUGAACGUGUCAAGGGUAAAAUCUUGCGCAUCUUUAAAAUAUGGGAACAGCGCGAAAUCUACAACGAAGAAUUUCUGAGCGAUCUAAGCGGUCUACUCAAUAUAGCGCCGCCAAAGAAAGCCCCAGCUAGCAAUGAUCCAAGCAAUGAGUAUCAGAAUGCAACGCUAAUCGCGCAGGUGCGCGAAUGCGUUGAACUGGCCGAGACGACGGACAAGAGCAUGAAGAAGCUACCAAAGCCACCGAAUUUCGAAAUUGAAGCCAUCAAGCAACAGCUAAAAGACAAAAGCCACUCGGGCGACAUUGAAAAGGAGGUGGAACGCUGUGUGGCCUUCAUCAAUGCGUGCAACAAGAAUCUCCAAAACGAGAUCAAGAGUCGCAAAGCAGUGCUGGAGUCGAUCGAAGCAGCCAAAAAGUUCUACGAGCAUCAGGGCCGUGAAGUUAAAGUUGUGGCAAGUGCCUAUAAAAGUUUCGGCACACGCAUUAAGAUAGUCAAACGCAAGCUGGAUGAGGUUAUACCAACGCUACCCAGUCCGAUCCCCUCACCGGAUAUUAAUGCACCGUCGCCGGAACGAGACGCAGAUCUCCAGCUGCCGGAUGAGAAUAAUUCACCGCUGGGCGUGAAUAAGGCGAUAUUGGGAACACUCCUAUAUAGUUCUUCUGAUUUGUAUGUCCCUCAGAACUUGUUCAGCGGCAGCGGUCUCAAUGGAUUUGCCAGUUAUCUAGAUGGCGGCCAGCUGCCGUUCGAUAUCAACGACUUUAAGCGCGAGUCUAGUGGCAAGGAUCGUGGCAGCGCUAUUGAGGUGAUUGGUUCGCGUUCGGAUGAUGAGAGCUAUACGCCCGGCUCUAGUUUUUACAAGCCCGAACAGUUGAGCCGAAGCUACAGCAAUAACAAUGCCAACGGCAAUGGAGGCAGUGCCAUACCGGGUCUUGGCGGCAGUGGCAACGGCGGAGGCAGUGGCAACGGCGGAGGCAGUGGCUCCAGCGAUGAAUACAAUCCCAGUCAGGUGCAAUCAGGCUAUGGCGGUGUUCUGCCGCCACCAGCGCCGCCAAUAUUCGGUGGCUCUGCACAAGAAUAUGCACCGCCACCGCCGCCGCAUCUAGGCUAUGGCCAGUCGGAUAGUCAGUAUACGCCCGCGCCUUUGAACAGCAAUCCGAUGGCACCGCCGCCGCCCAUGCCGCCGGCCAUACCAGCAUCGGGCAGCGUGGAUGACUUCAACAGCACCUGGGACAUGAGCAUGACGUGGACGCCGCUGGACAACAGCCUAAACAGCAGCGGUGCCAGCUCCAGCUAUACAACACCAACGCAAUCGACGCCGCACUCGCCGCCUCAUUUCGAGCGCAAAGGUAGCAGCGCGCCCAUUGAGUACAGUGAACAUCACAAUGUGGCAGGCCUAGGUGCACAAGAUGUGGAUCAUCGAACGAUUCAGUUGCCGCCCGCAUUCAAUUUUCGAGCCAAGUCAGCGCUGAGCGAUGAGCAAACACGGCAAUUAGUGGACAUUGAUCACAGGAAUUUAAUAUCGCUGACUGGUUCACCAGGUGGUGCCGAUAAGGAUUUCAGCGGGGGUGACGUCGAUUACCGUACAGCGCCUAAGAACGAGGAGGCCGGCAGUGCUAUACGCAGUCUGGGCAACAACUCGCCCAUGAUGGCGCCGCCGGGUAGCUAUGUGAAGAAGACCAGCUCGCCGCAGAAAUCCAAUGCGAGCUCCUCUUCCGAAUCGGAUCGCGUGGAUGGCUCGGCACGUUAUGAUCCCGCAGAUAUGGUUAUUGAUAUGGACAUGUCCGACGAGGAUCUCGAAGAGUCGCAGCUAGAGCUCAAUGUCAAUGCGGACCAGCUGCAUCUAGACAAUGUGGAUGGUGAACUCGAUGCUAAUGGCGCCUUAACUCCGCGUCCCGUGCUGCUGGAAACGCCGCAGGACUUUCAAUGGGAUGCAAACAACAGUUUUCUAACAGCAACAGGCACUGGCAACAUGCAGGAAAUGCAGGCCGAUGCACAGCAACAAAUGCAACAGCCGCCGCCGUUGCCGCCACAGCAACAGUCGUGGAAUCAAAUGCAACCGCCAAUGCCCUGGAACGGGAAUGAGGGCAACAAUGGGGCAGCCGGUGUGCCGCCACCUCCCAGGCCGCCGUUUACAGGUGGUCCAUUUCCGUUUCAGCCAUUUGGCAAUAGUCCAGAUAAUAUGAAUCGAGGACGAGGCCGUGGUCGAGGCUGGUCGGGACCCUAUAGGCCCAAUUAUCAACGUAUGCCCGGCCCCUUUGAUGGCGGACAGGGGCCAGGACCGCGGCCGUUCUUUCAACGCGGUGGUGGACCCAUGCGCGGUAACGGCGGUCGUGGGCGCAUGCGUGGAUCUAAGGCAGCAUUUAGUGUUGUUUACCUGUUGACGUUGACGGCCCUUAAUCACCUCCAGUUAGGAGCUGGUUUUCUCGUGUUGUUGCUGUUGCUUCUUUUUCGACAUCGGAAGUCGGAACUCAUCAAUCGUAUGUCGGCGAGCUCUUGUUUUGACUCUUGUUAUAUUUUGUGGGCGUUACGCCCGCUGCUCAGGAUAUUGCGUUCUCAAGGACCUUUUCUUGUUUUAAGACAGCAACUGCAAUAGCUGAAAAUUGUGAAUUAAUGAG